UUUUACCUAACACAGGUGUAUCUUUUUCAUCCAAACAAACAUAUAAACAAUGAGGUUGCCAAUCCAAAUUAGUCAUCCGUACUACACAUUAUAACUGGAAGAUUAAGCUGCAAACACUCUGAGGGAAGACAUUGGUAACCAAGGCCUAGCUUGGUGGUGGUUUAAUCCUCCUGGAAGCAAUGCACAAGCAUUCAAAAGAGGAAGAGGAAGAGAGUAGUUGCAUGAUGAACUGCCAAUUUAAUCCUUCAUCACAACCAGAGAGUAGAGAGUACAACCACAUAGUUUGGUGAUCUUUCUCCAGAGGUCAUGCUCAAGUCAUUCUUCUCCUUUCAAUCUGUUUGUGGCUUUUCCUGGUGUUGCCAUUAUGCCUAAGUGAUAAGAAUCCCCCAUUUGUUUCUCCCUUCACACUCUUUAUGUCAUGGAUUACAAGACCAGUUUGUGUUGCACUCUCAUUGCGAGGAACGCAAGGUAUUGAUUCCUGUGCACAGUUCACACAGAAGAACAUCUCCUCCAAUAUGUAUGGAAUCACUUCUGUUCAUAGUCUACCAGAAUCUAAUUCUUCUGUUCAGGGUGGAAAUUCCAUCUGCUUUUUUCCUCGGUUCGUAGAGCUAAGAAUCAGAUACCAGCACCAAGUUCUGUUGCACUGAAACAUAUGGAUUUCAUCAGCUUCUCCACUGUAUUUAAAGGACUUCGAUCAGACAAAGAUAGCUCAAUUUGUUUGUUGUGGAAAGAACACUUCUCUGAAGCUAAGAGGAAGAAUGGGUAAUUUGUUCUCCAGGACAAGCAGCGGUCUGGUCAUCACAAUCCACAGCAAAGGAAAAUGGAACCAGCACUGGCAGUCGCAUUUGGCAUCCAACAAGCUGAUGGUGAUUGACUUCUCGUCGUCCAAUUGCGGGCCAUGCCGUUUCAUCAAGCCGGAGAUCAAUGCCAUGGCGGCAAGGUACACUGAGAUCGAGUUUGUCAAGAUUGACGUCGACAAGCUCAUGGAGGUGGCGGAGAAGUGGGACGUGGAGGUGGUGCCGACUUUUGUGCUGGUAAAGAGAGGGAAGGAGGUUGGCAGAGUUGUCGGUGCCGACAAGAAGGAGCUCGAGGAGACGAUCCAGCAGCAGCAGCAGCAUCAGCAGCGGUACUGAAGAAGGAGAACCGAUGCUUCAUUUCUCCUGCAGAUGAAUGAUGGGAGCUCUUCAUUCCCUUCCUUUCCCUUCUUCCUUCUAGGCAAACUUGUUCUAGGGUUUAUGCUCUUGUUCCAUUCUCCUAGCUGCUGCUGUGUUGUAUGAAUCAAUCAAUGAAUGAAGUUUUCAUAGUAA